AUUAAUUCAACAGGCACACGAGUAAGUUAUAAAACCUCCCGCGGGUCUCUCAAUCAUCCCCGCAUUUCUCGCUACUUGUAACCCCGGCCACAGCAAUCAAAGCAAAUUCCGUAAAACCAGAAACGUACUUGUUGUUUCCGUACACAUUCCCAUAAUCGCACAGAAAAACCUCUCCUUCUAUAUGAUCCAUCUGAUCUCACCAUGAAGAAAAUGCUGCGCAAACUCUCCGCCGCCAAGGUCACCCUCACCAUAAGAUCUUGCACCGGCACCGCAGCUUAUUACUCGUCCCGACUCCGGAGCUCCGACGCCGCCACCCGCCACCCAAGGAGGAGGGGCGUUGUCCCGGCGGGACACUUCCCCGUCCACGUGGGUACCGACCAGGAGGCGACGGAGAGGUUCGUGGUGAGCGCCAAUCUGCUCCGACACCCGGCCUUCAUGGACCUGCUCGAGAUCUCGGCGGCGGAGUUCGGGUACGGGCAGACCGGGGUGCUCAGGAUCCCGGUCCGGGUCAUGGUGUUCGAACGGAUCAUGGAGUCGUUACGGGUCGGGCAGGACCCGAAAUAGGUGCGUUAUUGGGAGGGCGAUUUUAUGGUAUGCAGAACGUUGACGUCGCCGCGGCCGUCUCGAUCGUCGUCGGCCGUGCCUGUGCCGGUCCGCUGAUUAGAAUUAGAUUAUAUAUACAGGGAGAUUUUAUUCAUUGCCACCUGGCGGUAGGAUAUAUUGAUGUGAAUUAUUUGAUUUGGAUUUGAUUAUGUAAACCAUGAUUUAAUUUGUGAUAUACAUAUAUCUGUAAAUCAAUGUGUACUAGGUAGUGAAUAUUCCAGCUAUUUUUUUUCUUACUGUGGGUUGUGAAUUGAUGAUUAGUCACCGGAUCAAAUGGCUUCGUAGAUUUGGGGGUUGAAUUAAUCAUAUGAAUUGAU